UUCAAUUCAAGUUUCAACUUUCAAUAAACGAUGGCGGAUGGAACUUGGAAGUUGUAGCGUUGCCCUCAUUUCUUUCCCAUAGAAAACAAUGAACUUUUUAUCAAAAUUUAAUGGAAAAAUUAUACCUAUCUAUCGUGAUAAAUGAAAGUUAUAUAUUUUUCUCAAAAUGGCUGUUUGUGGAUUAAGAACGCUACUGCUAGUAGUGUGCAUUUUGGAAUUGAUAAUUACAAUUCAGAGACAAGUAUUUGAUUUCCUGGGAUACAUGUGGUUACCGAUCAUUGCAAACUUUGUUAAUAUUCUUCUGAUUAUAUUUGGCUCUUUUGGUGCAGUACAGUAUGUUACAAAAUAUCUUUUGGCUUAUGCAAUUUGGAGUUUUAUGUGGCUAACAUGGAAUAUAUUUCUUAUAUGUUACUACCUUAAUCUUGGCAUCCUUAACCGAGAAAGUGGAUUGCUAUCCUUAGGAACAGGAAGCGUGAGUUGGUGGGAGGGAAAUGGUUGGGGUUGCCAGCCUGUUUGGGGCGAAGCUGACGGCCCCGGCACCUGGAGACCAGCUCGGGUGGAUGGCUGCUUCUUCCAAUGGCAUUAUGUUGAGUUGGGCCAGUCUGCCAUAGCCGCACUUCUUACCGCCACAGCCUUGCCGUUAACUAUAUUUUUAGCAUAUAAAUCAUUUAAGAAACGCAAGACUGUUUCAGAUAAAAGCACACUGUCCCGCCGUCAAGUUUAUACCAUAGAACUAAGCCCCACCGAAACAAACGUAAGUGAAAGCACCUUAAAACCUAUGACUCCUCGUCGAGUUAAACGUCGAUCGGGUUCCAGAGGCGCCGGCUCGUCCGUGCGGCGCUCGCGUCGCUCGUACAGGAACGCGGGCUACCUGGCGUCCACUGCGUCCCUCCCGCGCGACUCUCGGCCGUCGCGGCCCACCUCGGCGCACUCGUCCUACUCCAACUUCCACGCGGCUCGGCCCUUGUCGUACCACGCUGCAGACCGGGAGACGACCCGCUCCCAGGAAGUUUUCCCUCCGCCGCCACCUGCCGACUCGAUACCGAUAAUCACCAACAGAUCCGAUACAGUACGGAGAAGCAAGAUGGUGAGUCGCGAUGUUGUCGGCCCGUAUAAUGAACCGAACCGCUACGAUCCGCCGAGGACCUUCGAGGCCUCGCCCUCGUAUGACGUCGGUCGUGGGUACGACAGUGGUCCAAAUUAUGAGAAUAGGGAGGCAGUGAUGGGAUGCGAAUCGCCAGCAUACUCGGGAGGCUGCGGGUACAGCGAUUGGGAGCCGCCGCCGUGCGCGCGCGCCACUCCGCAGGCGCCCGGCCCGCCCGCGUACCAGCCCGCUGCUGAUAACUACAAUGUCGUUCCGUAACGCGUUCAGUUACACGAUCAAUGCGGUUAGUCAAAAUAUUGAAGAAAUGAUACAAAUUGUGUCAUUUACGCGACCAGGUUGAUAACCUCGAAUAAUCAUGUAAAUCUCAUUUUUACACGUAAUAUUGCGUAGGUACCUACCCAGCUACGAAUUACCUAUAAAAAAAUUACGCUGGCUGGUACAACGUCACGGUUAGUCAGAACACUAAAUUGGAAAGAUUAUAAUUGGAUUAAUUUAUUCAAUUUCAUUAUGUGCCUUAUCGAGUCAUGCUCAAGUUGCAGCUCAAUGUUGAAAAUCUCGUCUGAAGUUUCUUUAAAUUUUUUACCUAAUCGAUUGUUAAGUUUUACGCUUAAUUGGGAUCGUUUUAUAUUACCUAUAUUAUAGGAAUAUGUUUUAAUAGAAUUGUUUUGAUAAUGCGGUUGUAUAAAAUACAUUCCUUCUAGAGGGUUUAGAAAGUAAGCUUUAAUAUUUUUUGUUAUAUUUUCCAUUUGUUUACAUUUUUUGUAGUAGGGACCUAGUCUUAAGUUUACUAAUUUAAUUACGUUUAGUAAAUAGGUAGUCUCAGUCUCGUUAUUAAUAUUUGUUCUACUUAUGAAACUAAGCUAGUAAUGAGUGUCGAUAAUAUUAUCAUGUAAAACUGAAAAUGAACAGUUAUUUGACUACAGUAAAUUAAUCCGUCCAUAGAGUAUAAAAUAUAUUAACCUAGUACUAAAAUUAGAAAUUAUUAUACCUACUUACUAACUUACUUAAUAUUUUAUACAAAGUUUAACCUUGCAAAAACGUACAAAUUUUAGAUAUAAAAUCACUCGCGGUCGCGGUAAAUAAUUGCUCAGUUUUACAUUCCAGCAUUUUUACAAACGAAACGUAAUCUUUAACUGAGGCCAGUCUCGUGAGUAACCGUACAUGUAAAUUAGCGUCACUACCAUUUUUUAUGCAUACGUAAACGUUGUAAUUUAUUAUCUCUAUACAAUUUUGGCAGUUUUAACGUAACGGUCCACAUUAUACACUCAGGGCCCUAUGGGCUCUUUGUGCAACUGUGAAUGUUAACGUUAACUGUGCGUUAAUAGUACUGAUUGUGAGCUCAACUUAAUUUUAGGUAAUCACAUCUUUUUCUUACCAUGGAUAAGGACAGACAAACCUAAUUUUAUUUAGACCUGUCAAGCCUUGUGACUUUAGGUGCCAGUCGUGUGCCUAUUGUUUAAAGCAGAGUGCACUAUUUAGUAUUUAAAUUUAAAAUUUUAUGUUCCGUCCUUUUUUAUCAAUUUUAAAAAGAAAAGAUGCAGAUACAUAAGAAUCGAACCAAUCUCUCAUUUAGUAUGGAUGAGAAAACGCCGUGUUUUACAACACACAAUCUUGGACCUUGGUAGAUUCGCGCACAGUUAACGUUAACUUGAAAAGUUACAUUCAGCAAUGUUCCUUAGUUUAAGUCAUGUGUCCAGAAUAGCCGUUUGUCUGAGGCACGAUUUAUAUACUUAAUAUAGCUUAUGGAUUAUAUUUUCUCAGUGACUAGUGACUAUACAGGCCCGCCCAUAUUUUUAAGUAUCAAACAAAAUGAGCUUUAUUAGACUAAGAUUAUUUUAGUUAGAACUUUUUG